UACUACGGAGUAUUAGAGAUGCUAACCGCCAAUAAAGUUUUGGUAGGGACUGUGUGUAGCAUUUUCCGGUGGAAGUAGCCGUAGAAAGUUUGGCCAAUUGAGAACAAGUCAAGAAGAAGAUCCACAACACACUGUAAUCCAAUUCAUUGUUUCUGUCGAUUUUGGGAUUUCAGAUUCCCCAUCGCCGGCGCCGGCGAUGCCACUCCGCCACCGUAGUUUCCCGGCAGUUGAAAUCUUGAGUUUUCUUUGUUCUUCUUCUUCUUCCAUUGGGUGGUGGUAAUCUCUUAGAGAUGGGUGGGUGCACGGCGUCGAAGCUGGACAACGAGGACACAGUCCGGCAGUGCAAGGACCGGUGCCGGCUGAUGAAGGGGGCGGUGUACGCCCGCCACCAGUUGGCCGCCGCCCACGCCGACUACUGCCGCUCGCUCCGAGUCACCGGCUCCGCCCUCGUCUCCUUCUCCAAGGGAGAAUCUUUCUCUGUCUCCGACCAGACCCCCGCCGUGUUCCUCCGUACGCCUUCUUCAGCAUCCACCAGAACCCCUCCGCCGCCGCCGCCCGUGCGCAUCCCAUCCCCGUCUCCGUCGAUUCGCACACCCCACCCUCCGCCGGCGGCGCAGCAGCAGCACUUCGCCCGAUCCCCUGCUCCCUCCGUCGCCCGCUCCAUCCCCUCCCAGCGCCACCAGCAGCUCCAGCUGCCGCAGCCUCGCCGGAAAAAACCCACCAUGAAACUCCCACACAUCCUCUCCGAUUCCAGCUAUCCCACCACCCCAACACCCAGCAAUUUCUUCGAAAAAUCAUACGCCGGCGGCGGCGGCGGCGGGAUUUCUCCCUCCCAAGCUUCCUCCGUCUGGAACUGGGAAAAUCUCGAGCCUCCUCCACCUCCGCCCUCCGAAUACUUCGAUCAGCUCCACCAAAACCGGGACUCGCCUGACGGCAAGUCAUCUUUGAAGCAAUAUGACUUCUUCGACAAUCAGAGUGUAAUAAAUGACGAAAAUGCCUCUGUUCACUCUUCCUAUUCUCAUCACUCUAACCCGGGGUAUUUUCGUGAUCGAGAUCAGAAUUUGCAGAACAAUCGUUUUCAUCCCCAGAAUCUGCGUAAACUCCAUGAUCAAGAUCCGAUUUUGCACGAACCCAAACAUCUCCAGCACAGGAGUGAAUCGGGGAGGGAAGUUCUGAAAUACCCCAGAGAGGAUUUCCACAAUGAAGAUGAGAUUUUGCAGAGUAAUCGUUUUCAUCCCCAGAAUCUGCGCAAACUCCAUGAUCAAUAUCAAGAUCCGAUUUUGCAGAAACCCAAUCAUCUCCAGCACCGGAGUGAAUCGGGGAGGGAGGAAGUGAAAUACCCCAAAAGGAAUUUCCACAGCCAAGACGAGAUUUCACAGAAUCAUCGUUUUCAUCCCCAGAAUCUGCGCAAACUCCAUGAUCAAGAUCCGAUUUUGCAGAACCCCAAUCAUCUCCUGCACAGGAGUGAAUCGGGGAGGGAAGAAGUGAAAUACCCCAAGAGGAAUUUCCACAGUCAAGACGAGAUUUCACAGAAUCAUCUCCAAGAAAACAGUGGUUCGGAGAGCGAUUCAGAAACGGAAGAAGAAGAAGAAGAUUUACAUCAAGAUCCGAUUUUGCAGAAUCAUCGUCGGCGCCAUCAAAGGGGCGGUUUUCAUAAUCAAGAUCCGACUUUGCAGAAUCAUGGUCGCCGUCCUCAUCCCCUCCAUCAAAGGGGCGAUCGGGAAAGCGAGACAGAAAGGGAAGAGUUACAUUACUCCAAGAGAGAUUUCCAUAAUCAAGAUCCGAUUUUGCGGCACCAUCCCGGAAUGAGAAAAGGAGAAAGUGAAGCGGAGAGGGAAGAGUUGCAGUGCAGUGAAUACGAAGAUCACGACCAUUACAGCACUUCCAGCUCCGGCUCCACAGAUCCUGGAGAAGAAGAAGAAGAAGAAGAAGAUGGGGAAGAUCUGAGAUCAGAAACCGGGUCAGCCCAUUCCAAGAACUGGCCCGGCUCCGCUUCAGCUGCUAGUGCGAGGCCAAAUUCCAGACACCAUCAUUACCAGUAUUACUCAUCAUCAGUUCAUAAACAGGGCAGGGAGGAAAUGGGAUCAGAUGAGAACAGAAUGGUGGUGAGGCAUGAAGAUCUGUCUGAGAUUGCAGAAGCUGUGAAGUCGUACUUUGACGAGGCUGCCCAAUCUGGGGACCGGGUUUGCGACAUUCUUGAGGCAGGCCGCGAACAGCUCGAUCGCAACUUCAAGCAGCUCAAGAAGACAGUGUAUCAUUCAAGUGGGAAAAUGAGCAGGUUGAGCUCUUUGUGGAGUUCAAAGCCUCCAUUGGCUAUAAAGUAUAAGCUUGAGCCUCCUCCUCCUCUCUCACUCAAUCAUUCUUCUUCUGCCACUCCUAAAAGCCUCUGUUCUACCUUGGACAGUCUUUUAGCUUGGGAAAAGAAACUCUAUAGGGAAGUCAAGGCACGAGAGAGGGCGAAAAUCGAGCACGAAAGAAAACUGGCAACGCUUCAAAGCCUGGAAUACAGAGGGGGAGACGUGGGAAAGGUGGACAAGACGAAGGCCGCCAUUAACAGACUGCAAUCCUUAAUAGUGGUCACCUCUCAAGCUGUCACCGCUACCUCUUCUUCUAUUGUGGGUCUCAGAGAGGCUGAUCUUGUCCCUCAGCUUGUUGAACUCUGCCAUGGAUUCAAGUAUAUGUGGGAAUCAAUGAAUCGGGUCCACGGUGCCCAAAACGACGUCGUCACGCAAGUUAGGGGCCUCGUCGACCAGGCGGCACGCCAGCCGACGUCGGACCCACACCGCCAGUCAACGCGCGACCUCGAGUCCGCAGUGUCCGCGUGGCACUCCGCCUUCUCCCGCGUCCUGAAGUUCCAAAGGGACUUCGUCCGCUCCCUCCACGGCUGGUUCAAACUCUCCCUCCUCCCCGUCGACGGCGGCGCUCCCGAACCCCCGGCCGCGGCGGCCCCCACCGAGGCGUUGGUCUUCUGCGACGAGUGGAAGCUCGCCCUCGACCGGGUCCCAGACACGGUCGCCUCGGAGGCCCUCAAGAGCUUCAUAAACGUCGUCCACUCCAUAUCGGCCAAGCAGGCCGAGGAGGCGAAGAUCAAGAAGCGGACCGAUUCGGUCGCCAAGGAGAUGGAGAAGAGGGAGGACAACAUCAGGAAUCUCGAGAGGAAGUUCUACUCCUCCCAGUCCUCCGCGGGCCUUGACCGUUCGGGCAGUGUGGGGCCCGCGGACGGACCGGGACUCGCGCUGGAUGCGCGGGACCCGCUCGCCGAGAAGAAGGCCGAGCUCCAGACGUUGCGGAGGCGCGUGGAGGACGAGAUGGUGAAGCACGUGAGGGCGGUCGAGGUGACGCGGGCGAUGACGUUGAAUAACAUUCAGACGGGUUUGCCCCCGGUGUUCCAGGCCAUGACUAGUUUUUCUGCCUUGUUUACCGAAGCUCUUGAGGUUGUUUGCAAACGUUCUUAUUCCAUUAAUAUGUUUGAUUAAAAGAAAAUAUAUAGUAGUGUCAAAUUCUAUACAUAUAUAUGUUUUGUUUUUUGUGUUUUGGGCACUUUUGCUUCUCAUUUUGAUCUGUAGAUAAUUUGAGUUUUGCCACACUUAGAGAUUGGUUACAUAUCUCUGUACAGAAAUUUGCUUCUUUUCCUUUUUUGUUUAAAUAAAUGUAUCACAUGCAUACCAACUUUCUUUUAAUGGGAUGAAUUUUCAUUUGGAGUGUUUCUCCUUUUUAUUUGGUUAAUGUCUAAAAUGAGUAAAUAGGAUGGGUCAAC